CUGUACAUGUGAGGAGAACUGUCCACGCUCAUUUACGGCAUAUUUCUCCAGGUUUACAGGCCACUACAUCACAUACAGGCAUCUUAUGAUCAUCGAUAGCAGCACUAUGGAGUCGGCAGAGGAGGAAGAGAUGUUCGAGCAAGAAUCCGAUGAGGGAAACAGUGAAUUAUCAGACAGUGAGCUUCAAGAAGCCUUCGCAAAGGGAUGGUUGAAGCCGGGGAUGAACGUUCUGGUGGAUAAAACCAAACAGUUCGUCAACAACGUGGAGGGUUUGAAGCACUGCCUGGCCGACCUGCGUAAAGACGUCCCCUGGGUGGAGAGGCUGGACAUGACCAACCCGCCGGCUAAGGACGUCUCCCUCGCUGAAGGGCAGAUUCUUAAUGUGAAAAAUGGAGAUGUAGACGCCGAGGACGAUUUCCAGAGAGAGAUGUUUUUCUACCGCCAGGCCCAGGCCACGGUUCUAGAUGCGCUGCCUCUCCUGAGCAAGCAUGGCAUACCCACCAAGAGGCCCGACGAUUACUUUGCAGAGAUGGCCAAGUCUGAUCAGCAGAUGCAGAAGAUCAGGAAGAAGCUGAUCUCAAAGCAGGAGAUACUGGAGAGGUCGGAGAAGGCCAAGAAACUGCGUGAGCAAAGGAAGUUUGGCAAAAAGGUCCAAGUAGAAGUGAUACAGAAGAGGCAGAAAGAGAAGAAGGCUAUGAUGACUGCUGUGAAGAAAUACCAAAAAGGAAUGACCGACAAACUGGAUUUCUUGGAAGGGGACAAGAAGAAGGGUAAAGAGUCUGCUCAGGGCUCCAACAAAGCGGUAAACAAGAGAGCCCCCAAUUCAAAGAGAAAAUACAAAGACCAGAGGUUUGGCUUCGGAGGCAAGAAGAGCGGAAAGAAGUGGAACACCAAGGAGAGCCACAAUGAUGUUUCUGCUUUCCGCGCUAAAGUGGCUAAUUCAAAGGGCAGCAAGGGAGGAAACAAAGGGGUCAAGGGAGGAAAACAAAAUAAACGCCCGGGCAAGUCUACGCGCAAGAAGAUAAAGUCUCGCUCUUAAAAAUGGACUGAUGAUAGCUGGACUUUGACCGAUUUCCCUAACCUGCUCCUCAAGUCCCUCCACCUGGGGACAGAGGACAACAUGGGCUUUUCUUCUAAACUUUUUUUAUAAGAUGCCUUCAGUAAAGUGUGUCUGGAUCCAUGUUGGGGCCCUUCAAGUCACACACUUAAACACACACACCUACAUACCGAGAGAGACAUUUUGCGAUGGAUGAUUUUUGGAGGUCGACUUUUGCAGAGAUGGUAAACCCUAGAGUGGAAUACCACAAAAUAGUUUUCUGAAAAUAGAGAAUUUGAUUGUUAAGAGAAAGUAUUUUCUUCUUUACUAGUUAAAUCAUCGCAUUGUCUGGACAUUUUCCAUGUGCAUAUUUCAUAGGGUUGUUUUUAAAGCAACUUUCUGUGGUUUCUCAAUGUUUGUGCUGGCCUCCUUGUCUACAGUCCUCUUGAUUUUGGAAUAUUCAUUUUUAUUAACGGCUCCUUGGCUCAUUAAUUCUCUCCCGUGUGACAUGACAUUUUAUGAUAUUGAGCAGCUGUUUGUUUUGCCCUUUCUCAUAUUCAUUAAUAUGAUUAGUAUGUCAUGAGCAAGUGUGCUUUGUAUAGACUUGAGUUGCCCCCUCCAAGUCUUUUACUUUGGUAGCUAAGAAUGGAAAUGUAAAGAUCAGCUUUUUGCAACGACACCUGUAUGAUAAACAAAUAAAUCUGAACAAGAAAUGA